AUGACAAUGACUACCAAAUUCAAGAUUCUCAUUCCCAGAAAGAAUAAGAACGAUAUCGCUUCUGACUCAGCAGAAUUCCAAAGAAUUGCAGAAUUAGUUGAUUUCCAAUAUUAUGAAUUGACCAAUUCUGAAGAUUUCAAGAAAUUUUUACUCUCAAGCAAUAUCGAUGCUCUUUGGAUCACUGAAGAAAUGUUUGUGUAUUUGGAAGCUCCAUCCACGUAUUUAGACUAUUUCCCUAAAUCAUUGAAAUUGAUUUUGGUUCCAUGGGUUGGAACAGAUUUCUAUGACGCGAAAUUGUUGAAGGAAAAGUACGGCAUCAGUUUGUGUAAUGGCGGUCCAGUGGCAUCAGAAAACGUUUCUGAUUUGGCAGUGUUCUUGACAUUGAGUUGCUUCCGUUUGACGUCCUUCUGGGAGCACUCAUUCAGGUUUGUUCAUAGAGGUAGCAUCCAAGAAUGUCGAGGAUAUAUCGGAGGUACACACCAUGAUACUAUUCCUGGAUUUGCGCUGGUUGAAGGUAACGAUGACUUGCAUAAGACGGUCUCUGCGCAACAAAAGUUCCCAAAAAAGCCUGAAAACGACAAGUUCUUGAACCUUGCGAAGGAUUAUAAGAUAGCGGGCAAAGUAAUGGAAUCACCAACAGAUAAGAAUGCGUUGAUUGUUGGUUUUGGUUCCAUUGGCCAAGCUAUUGGUAAAAAAUUGCAUACAACUUUUAACAUGAAUAUAUCAUACACAAAAAGAAAUGGCCCUAUCCCAGAAUCUGUUCUAGGAUAUAAGGCUAAUUAUAUACCAUCCAUGGAUGAUGAAGCGUUCUGGAGAGACGCUGAUCUUAUAGUACUAGCAUUACCUGGAACUCCAGACACAGAAGAUAUUAUUGAUAAGACUACAUUGGAAAAAUGUAAAGACGGUGUGCGUAUCGUCAACGUUGGUCGUGGAUCUUGUAUUAACGAAGAUGAUUUAUUAGAUGCAUUGGAUAGUGGGAAGGUCAUGUCAGCUGGCCUUGACGUCUACAAAAAUGAAUCGGACGUUGUGGAUUCAAGAUUCUUCGAAAGAUGGGAUAUUACCUUACUUCCACAUAUUGGCUCCACAGUCAUAGAAAUACUCCAAAGGCAGACUGCUGCCACGUUAGAGAAUAUUGAAGGAUUCUUCUUGAAAGGAACUGGCACAAAAUACCCAGUUAACUAA